AUGAAAACAAGGGACCAUGUGGGUCCUCUGACGGAAGAAAAUGGUGAAGUCAUUACAGACGACGUGAGAACAGCUAAGGUGUUAAAUGACUAUUUCUCAUCUGUGUUCACACUUGAACAAUUACAUAACAUACCACAACCCAAUAGGAUGUUUGACGGACCGAACGACGACAUGCUCAGAGAUGUAGAGGUGACAGCAGAGAACGUUCUCAAAGUGCUAAUGAAGUUGAAGCCUGGCAAGGCACCCAGAGUAGAUGAAAUUUAUGCUGUGGUUUUAAGGGAAGUAUCGGGCGUGAUAGCUGAACCCCUCAGCCAAAUUUUCCAGAAGUCCUUGGCAGAAGGAGUGGUUCCACUAGACUGGAGGAGAGCAAAUGUCACCCCCAUCUUCAAGAAGGGCAAACGUAGUGUCUCAGCAAACUACAGGCCGAUCAGCCUAACCGCACAGGUCAGUAAGGUGAUUGAAACCAUCCUCCGAGAUGCCAUCAUGGAACACCUCACAGCACACAGAUUGAUCAGUGAUUCACAGCACGGGUUUUUAGAGGCCUCCUGCCUGACUAAUUUACUAACUUUUCUGGAGCUUGUAACAAAGACCGUUGAUGAUGGCAACCCUGUUGAUGCAGUGUACCUUGAUUUCAGUAAAGCCUUCAACCGAGUACCACACCAGAGGUUACUGACGAAACUACGAUCACAUGGGAUAGGUGAAUCAACUGCUGCUUGGAUUGAGGCAUGGCUGUGA